GAAAACCGAACGAAUGAGUAGUAAAUCGUUUCUUGUACUUUUUAUCGAAGAAACGCUAAAUUCAUGAAAAAUAUUAGUUUUUCUAUGGAUUUAGAAUAAUUUAAAUACGUGUACUUAUUAAUUUUAAUUAUGUUUUGGAGCGGUAAUUAUAUGGUAGUUAGGGAGUUGAAUUACCUUCUCAAAGAAGAGAAUGUAACACUCACGCAAGUAUUAGAGGCGGAUGAUAUUUUGCAUGAAUGUCAAGCGGACAACAAAGCUUUGAUGCAAUUUCUUACAGAACCAAAGAACCUGGCAGAAUUAAUAACACUUAUAACAGAGGAGCCCCCCAAAAAUGUGGAACUUGCAUCCCAAUAUAAACAUGCGAGUAUCGCAUGUGAAGUUCUCACAAGCCACUUGUCCACACUCAGUGACCGUUUGUCCAUGAACGUAGUGCAGAUGAACAGACUAUGUGACUUCAUUAACAGAGACCCACCUUUAAACCCAUUAUUGGCAUCAUACUUUAGUAAAACUGUGGAAAUGUUACUCGAGAGGAGUCCCAAACAGGCGAGCCCCGGCCAUGGGAGGGUGACCAACCUAAAUAAAUUGCCGGCGCUGAUGCCCGCUAAAGUACUAAGGAACCUCUGUUUUGCCCAGGACUGGUACCUAUACCACAUAGUGUGCCUGCGGGUGCUCGAAUUCUUCAAGUCCCGCCGGGACUUCCUGCCUAACUUGCUGCGCCACAUAUCCACUUCCGCCAUUGCGGAUACAUUCAAGUAUUUUAUAAGGCUUGAUGACCUUUUCAACAAAAUUAUAAUGGAGUGGUUCGAAGAGCAUCAGUUCCUGGAGUGCCUGAUCCAGAUAAUCUGCGGGACUUACGUUCCCGAGCCGGUGGGGAGGGGGGCAUCGGCGGGGGGCGAGGGAGCGAGGCAGCCGUCCCCGGACCAGCCCGAGAAGGGACAGCUCGAGGCCAGCGAGAAGGCCGACGCCGACCGUGCCGCACACGACGGUAGGAAAGGUACCUGCACCGAUUCAAUAUUGACAUUGCAGGUUAUAACAGUGAAUAUAGGUAUUUUGAAUCGAUAUGCUUGUUCGCGUAUUUGGCUUGAUCCACAGACUAACUAACUAACCACAGAAAAUUGAUAAAUAAGAAUCCUCGUUGAUCUUAAUAUUGAUUUAUUAGUGAUCGAAACACUUGAUAUUUGAUGCUCGCGACAAUGCCUCGAUUGCACUGUUGAUGUAUAGAAAAUGUGAAUGAAUGUGUAAAUGCCGAUGCGGUUAUAUGCUUAAUGUGCAGUACAAACCGGACAAAGCUGAUUACAGGAUAGGGACGGGCGAACAGUUCGCAGGUCACCGUAAUAUGUCAAAAUCGUAUCGAGGAAUACAUCUAUGCAUAAUUCGUACACAGACGUCAUGGAGAGGAACGGGGAAGUAACGAACGAGGCUCGACAACCGGGCGCGGACGCGCAGGCGGCGGUGGAUGCGGAGGCGGCGGCGGCGGCGGACGCGGAGGCGGAGGCGGAGAGGAGAGCGGAGCGGAUAGCGGGCGUGGCGUCCGCCAACGCCGCCGCCCUGCUGUGCGACCUCAUCCUCAGCGGGUGUGCGGGGGACGGGUACAACACCAGGGCGCGCACUAGCUGGGCGCUGGUGGGGCGGCUGGCGGGCGCGGGCGCGGCGCAGCUGCUGGGGGGCAUGUUCACGGCCCCGCCGCGCCGCCGCCGCCACGCCCUCGUGCACGGCGCGCACGUGCUGCUCGCGCUGCUGGACCGCGACCCCGCCCAGUACGUACCGCACCACACUACGCUACACUACACUACACUACACUACACUACACGGCCCCGCCGCGCCGCCGCCGCCACGCCCUCGUGCACGGCGCGCACGUGCUGCUCGCGCUGCUGGACCGCGACCCCGCCCAGUACGUACCGCACCACACUACGCUACACUACACUACACUACACUACACUACACGGCCCCGCCGCGCCGCCGCCGCCACGCCCUCGUGCACGGCGCGCACGUGCUGCUCGCGCUGCUGGACCGCGACCCCGCCCAGUACGUACCGCACCACACUACGCUACACUACACUACACUACACUACACUACACGGCCCCGCCGCGCCGCCGCCGCCACGCCCUCGUGCACGGCGCGCACGUGCUGCUCGCGCUGCUGGACCGCGACCCCGCCCAGUACGUACCGCACCACACUACGCUACACUACACUACACUACACUACACUACACGGCCCCGCCGCGCCGCCGCCGCCACGCCCUCGUGCACGGCGCGCACGUGCUGCUCGCGCUGCUGGACCGCGACCCCGCCCAGUACGUACCGCACCACACUACGCUACACUACACUACACUACACUACACUACACGGCCCCGCCGCGCCGCCGCCGCCACGCCCUCGUGCACGGCGCGCACGUGCUGCUCGCGCUGCUGGACCGCGACCCCGCCCAGUACGUACCGCACCACACUACGCUACACUACACUACACUACACUACACUACACGGCCCCGCCGCGCCGCCGCCGCCACGCCCUCGUGCACGGCGCGCACGUGCUGCUCGCGCUGCUGGACCGCGACCCCGCCCAGUACGUACCGCACCACACUACGCUACACUACACUACACUACACUACACUACACGGCCCCGCCGCGCCGCCGCCGCCACGCCCUCGUGCACGGCGCGCACGUGCUGCUCGCGCUGCUGGACCGCGACCCCGCCCAGUACGUACCGCACCACACUACGCUACACUACACUACACUACACUACACUACACGGCCCCGCCGCGCCGCCGCCGCCACGCCCUCGUGCACGGCGCGCACGUGCUGCUCGCGCUGCUGGACCGCGACCCCGCCCAGUACGUACCGCACCACACUACGCUACACUACACUACACUACACUACACUACACGGCCCCGCCGCGCCGCCGCCGCCACGCCCUCGUGCACGGCGCGCACGUGCUGCUCGCGCUGCUGGACCGCGACCCCGCCCAGUACGUACCGCACCACACUACGCUACACUACACUACACUACACUACACUACACGGCCCCGCCGCGCCGCCGCCGCCACGCCCUCGUGCACGGCGCGCACGUGCUGCUCGCGCUGCUGGACCGCGACCCCGCCCAGUACGUACCGCACCACACUACGCUACACUACACUACACUACACUACACUACACUACACGGCCCCGCCGCGCCGCCGCCGCCACGCCCUCGUGCACGGCGCGCACGUGCUGCUCGCGCUGCUGGACCGCGACCCCGCCCAGUACGUACCGCACCACACUACGCUACACUACACUACACUACACUACACUACUACACGGCCCCGCCGCGCCGCCGCCGCCACGCCCUCGUGCACGGCGCGCACGUGCUGCUCGCGCUGCUGGACCGCGACCCCGCCCAGUACGUACCGCACCACACUACGCUACACUACACUACACUACACUACACUACACUACACGGCCCCGCCGCGCCGCCGCCGCCACGCCCUCGUGCACGGCGCGCACGUGCUGCUCGCGCUGCUGGACCGCGACCCCGCCCAGUACGUACCGCACCACACUACGCUACACUACACUACACUACACUACACUACACGGCCCCGCCGCGCCGCCGCCGCCACGCCCUCGUGCACGGCGCGCACGUGCUGCUCGCGCUGCUGGACCGCGACCCCGCCCAGUACGUACCGCACCACACUACGCUACACUACACUACACUACACUACACUACACGGCCCCGCCGCGCCGCCGCCGCCACGCCCUCGUGCACGGCGCGCACGUGCUGCUCGCGCUGCUGGACCGCGACCCCGCCCAGUACGUACCGCACCACACUACGCUACACUACACUACACUACACUACACUACACGGCCCCGCCGCGCCGCCGCCGCCACGCCCUCGUGCACGGCGCGCACGUGCUGCUCGCGCUGCUGGACCGCGACCCCGCCCAGUACUGUCAACGUUACUCCCGGGAGAACGCGGGGGCGACGGGCGACAGCCGAGCGGGCGGGCUGACGGCAAUAUGUGACGUGUGCAGGGGCGGGGAGUGGGAGGCGGAGCGCACGAGCGUGGAGGCGUGCGUGGCGCCGCACCUGCCGCUGCUGCACCAGGCGCUGCUGGCGGGGGAGGGGCAGGGGGAGGGGGAGGGGGAGCCGCGCGUGGGGCUGGCGCGCGUGCAGGUGGCGGCGCUGCUGGCGCACCUGGCGCUGUCGGAGGUGGAGGAGGUGUGCACCACCAUGAUCACACUAGGCACGAUGGGCGUGGUGCUGGAGCUGUUCUUCCGCCACGCGCACAACAACUUCCUGCACGCGCAGACGCUGGCGCUGGUGCGGCACGCGCUGGCCAACCCGCGGUACCGCGCGCACUACGCCGCACACUUGUUGGUGGAAUGUGAUUUGCUGACGAGACUAAUAGACGCAUACGAAGAAAAUGAAAAUCAGAAGUGAGUAAAUUGUACAUGUAUUUAAUGGCCUUAAUAUUGAAAUAAAUUGGUCACAGAGCUCUGUGCGCAAGCGGCGAUAUUGAUAACUUAUUUGGGACAUUGGAAUUGUUCACUUUUUACUGUGAUUACGACUGUAAUCUGUCAGUUGUCCAAUCGAAAGUAUUGUAAACACACAAAUUGUGCCAAUGGGAUUCACCUGUAUAGGUUUUAG